GGCCGCCGAGCGCUGAGGCAGGGGCCCGGGCCGAGGGGGCGGCGGGGCUGCGCGCACGCUGGGGCGCGUGGAGGGGCUCGGAGGGCGACAUGAGUCUGGUGGGGGGCUUCCCCCACCACCCGGUGGUGCACCAUGAGGGCUACCCGUUCGCCGCUGCCGCCGCCGCAGCUGCCGCCGCCGCCGCCAGCCGCUGCAGCCACGAGGAGAACCCCUACUUCCAUGGCUGGCUCAUCGGCCACCCCGAGAUGUCGCCCCCCGACUACAGCAUGGCCCUGUCCUACAGCCCCGAUUAUGCCAGCGGCGCCGCCGGCCUGGACCACUCCCAUUACGGGGGGGUGCCGCCGGGCGCCGGGCCCCCGGGCCUGGGGGGGCCGCGCCCCGUGAAGCGCCGGGGGACCGCCAACCGCAAGGAGCGGCGGAGGACUCAGAGCAUCAACAGCGCCUUCGCCGAACUGCGCGAGUGCAUCCCCAACGUGCCCGCCGACACCAAACUCUCCAAGAUCAAGACACUGCGCCUGGCCACCAGCUACAUCGCCUACCUCAUGGACCUGCUGGCCAAGGACGACCAGAACGGCGAGGCGGAGGCCUUCAAGGCGGAAAUCAAGAAAACAGAUGUGAAAGAAGAGAAAAGGAAGAAAGAGCUGAACGAAAUCUUGAAAAGCACAGUGAGCAGCAACGACAAGAAAAGCAAAGGCCGGACGGGCUGGCCGCAGCACGUCUGGGCCCUGGAGCUCAAGCAGUGAGGAGGAGGAGGAGGAGGAGGAGGAGGAGAGCCUAGUGAGCUGGGGCCCAGGAGCCGGAUGUAGAGCCAGGACUCCGGGCAAGCUCCACGCGCUCCGACCCGAGGACUACUUGCAUUUGGAGUCAUCCGGUUUAUUUAUGUGCAAUUUGCCUCCCCUCUCUUUGCCCCCCUUUGAGGCAUCCGCUCCCCACCUCCCCCUCCAAAAAUAGUGGAUAUUUGAAGAAAAGCAUUCCAUAUUUUAAUAUGAAGAGGACACUCCCGCGUGGUAAGGGAUCCCGUCGUCUCGUAGAUUCUCUGUGUUUGAAUGUUCCCCCCUGGCUGUGUAGACACCAGCGUGGCCCCUGCCCACCUGCCCUUCCAGAUAACAGACAGCGGACAUUGGUGUGUAUGUGAAGUGUAUCUUUAAUAAUUGGCCUUUGGAUAUAAAUAUUCCUGGGGAUUAUAAAGCUUUAUUUCAAAACGGAAAACGGGGCCGCUAACAUUUCCGUUGGGGUCGGUAUCUCGUGCUGUCCUUUCCUCUGUGGUUGUUCUCGAUUUGAAGAUGUUUCCAACAGCUACUUGUUUCGUGCACUUCCGUCCUCUAAAACUAAGUGGAAUUUAAUUAAUAUUGAAGGUGUAAACGUUGUAAGUAUUCAAUAAACCACUGUGUGUUUUUUUUACAAAACCCCAAUCUUUUAAUAGUUGAUACCUCAAAAGAGUUUUGAAAACAAAACUGUUAUAUUUGUUUUCAUAAUAUUUAAAAUAUUCAGAAGUAAACUAAAUUAUCAUGAUUGCCUCUAA